UCCUACAUUUGAUCUUCCAAGGAAAGUGGCGACGGCUCUAUAGAUGGCGGCUUUCUCCUGAUGAGAUGUACAAAAACCUGUUCCGUAGCGCUCUCGUCGGUUUUCCCCACCUGCAAAUACUCAGCCGAAACAGUAACAACCUCUUCUCCAUUAGACUUUUGAGCACGCACAAAAACAAAAGCAAGAGGACAAAUAACAUGGAGCCGCGCUACGAUUUAAAUCGCAAGUGGGUGUUAAUGCAAAAAAGUGCACCAAAUAAAAAAAACAGCUUUAAGCUUGUAUCCUACAAUAUCCUCGCACAGGAUCUGCUUUUAGAGCAUAUGUAUUUGUACGUAGAAAUUCAGCAAAAGUGCCUGAUCUGGCGUCGCCGUAUGCAAAACAUUCAAAGGGAACUGACCAAGCUCGACCCGGAUAUUGUCUGCCUUCAGGAGAUGCAGUACGACCAUUUGCCGAAGUUGGUCCACCAUAUCAGCGAGCUCAAUGGCAAGCGGUUGGAGUAUGUGUAUAAAAAGAAGACAGGCAGCCGAACCGAUGGCUGUGCCAUUAUUUACGACGCGUGUAAAUUCCAACUUCUGGAACAUCGUGGCCUGGAAAUGUUUACGGAAAAUGUGCCGCUACUGAACCGUGAGAAUGUAGCACUCUUGGCCAAGUUUAGGCUGAAACAGCCCGAAAGGUUAACGGAAAAUAUGGACAAGGAAAUAGUUGUGGCCACCACACACUUGCUCUACAAUCCAAAACGCGAGGAUGUGCGCUGCGCUCAGGUGCAGAAACUAAUGAGAGAGUUAUUAAACUUUGCCCGCGAUGCCAAUGAUGGCAUGAUAACGCCCGUCGUACUGACAGGAGACUUUAACAGCACCAUAAACUCAGAACCCAUUGCGUUGCUCACAGACAAAAAGGCGGACGAUACUACCUCAUUCAAUUUCGAGGCACUCGAUCCGGGUGAAUGCUACGCGUCGACGUUUCAGGGGAAAUGGAUCACUGUCGACUAUAUUCUACGCUCUGCCUGCGUCCAGAGCAAGCAUCAACUGCAGGUGCAAGGCGUAUACUCAUUGCCCACGGUGGAGAGCUGCACUCGUUCGGGCCCCAUACCAAAUCAUUACCUUGGCUCCGAUCACUACGCUCUUGGCGCAGUGUUUGCACUUGCAUAGAUCAUAAGUUCUGCCUUUGUUUACAAAUAAACCAAUAUUAACCACCCAUUAUUCUAAA